UUCUUCUCAUUCGCACUGCGAGUAUUUACGAAACUAGGGAGUGGAGGGAUGUCAGAGGAUGAAGAUGGCGUGGACAAGGUAAUUGUUGAUGACCGGGAAUUGGAAGAGGCUGUGAAGCUCACCAUGUUUCUGCCAUUCCGCAACCCGAAUCUAACAACGAUUGCUGCGGUUGUGGAUAAAGUUCCCCGGGUCGAAAAGCAGCGUUUUGUGCAGAGCGGAAGGACUAGCAAGCGUAGGGUUCGAGGUGAUUCUAGGUGCAGGAAAUCAGACCGGAAGCCGCCAACUGGGUGGCCUGCGUCUCUUUUCGCAGACGGUUAUCUGGAGUCUUUGCCGGAAUAUCAGCGAAACAAGUUGCGUUUGUCCAAAAGGAUAUUCCCUCUGUACGAUCUCGAGAAAAUACCAGAGCAAUACUUGUAG